AUGGCGAUUUUCGAUUCCGAAAAGCGCCCUCGUGGCCUGAGAGUUCCAUCUCUAUCGGCGAUGAAACAUGGAGCUGCCAAAUCACAGUUCUCAUUCUCCAAGAAAUCCGAGGUGAAAACAACCGAGGAAGAAUUGCCUUCACCGGUGGUGGUGGUUCCUUCCUUGCCGCCACAAAAAGCCCCGCCGACCAAGGAGCUACCGCCUCCACCGAAAGAUCAAGUUCCUCCUCCCCCGCGCAUGUUGACCAAAGUGCCACCGCGACGAAAAGUUGCCAAUGGUGCACCCAUUGGAAAUGCUCAGCCGGUGACCGUACCCGUACCGCAAUCGCAAUCGGAAUCGCAAGCACAAUCUCCACCAGCAACACCGCAAGCGGCUUCACCCCAAUCACAAGUGCACGCUUCAUUGGCACUGGUCAGACCGGAGCAGCCAGUGCAAUCCAAGCCGCAGCAUCAAGCCUCACCCCAAAACGCCCCCCCGGUGACGUUAUCUCCCCCAGCUAGUGACGACAACGAGGCCUUGACCCCCCUUGAAGACUUCAUUCCCACUCCCGAAGGUCCUGGAACUCCUCUCGAGGACCUGUCCAGCGAAGAGGUGUCUGUACCCCCCAUGCCGGACGUCGAGCCCACUGCGGCGCCCUUGAGCCAAGUCCACUUUGCCUGCUUUCAGGGGCAUCGGAAUAUGCCCGUGGCUCAGAACGUGUGGUGUCCACUUCCAUGCCAGACAUGCCACAAGGUCAACCAGGAGAUCCGACAUCGAUGUGUGUUCUGCUGCUUGCGCAUCUGCGAAGGAUGUUACCAAGCAUUGCAGAAAUGCAAAAAUCGGUCGUUGGAUGAGCUAAUGGAGAAGAUCGGCUGA